CGGAUGUGUAGGCUGUGGUGGUGUUCAACAGCAUGCCGUACUCAUGUCUGCCGCUAUCGUUGUCUGAUGCUGUUCAUCAACUGCCCCUUUAACUCGGAUCCCCAGCACUGGAUUGGGACGCUGGCGGAUCUGUUUGGGGCGGUGGUUGUGUUCUGCGUUCGCGCGUGGGGAGUGGCACCCGGCUACGGGAUGAGAAUCUCGAACUCUUCGACUAUCCACUGAAAUGCUGGAUACUGUGGUGGUGU